AUGCUGGCAAGCAGGAGGGCUUGGGGAAUUGCUUAUCUCUUCUCCUCAUUUCCCAAUAGUCAUUUGACUUUUGUGACUUGCCUGUGGGGUGCAACACAGGCCCUGACCAGGGCUAGAUACGAUAUAUUUCCAGCUGAUGGCCAUUCUGAACAUACGACUCCUGCGAAAGUGGUGAGGGCUGCCAACCCAAGACAGCGGAAAGGAAGCAAGGUUGGUGACUUCGGUGAUGCCACAAAUUGGCCAACACCUGGAGAAAUAGCCCACAAGAGUGUCCAGCAGCCACACAAAGCACCGUCCAUCCGUAAACUGCCUGUCAAGAAAGACAUGAAAGAACAGGAGAAAGGAGAUGGCAGCGAUGGCAAGGAGAGUCUGAAAACUAAAUCGGAUGAGUCCGGGGAGGAGAAGAACGGUGACGACGAUAACCAGAAGUCAGCCCAAAAGAAGAAAGGCAACAAACACAAGUGGGUCCCUUUGCAGAUAGACAUGAAGUCAGAGGUGCCCAGGGACAAAACGGCCUCUCGGAACAACCGGCAAAACGAGCAGCACAGACACCCUUCCAACAACCGCAGUGAUAUGAAAGGCUGGCACCCAGAUAAUAAGCAUGAACGCAGCUGGCAAGACCAUGAUGAAACUUCCAGCGUGAAGAGCGAGGGAGGAGCUGUGCGAGGGGCCUUCCGGGGCCGAGGCAGGGGCCGCGGCAGGGGCCGCGGCCGCGGCAGAGGAGGUGCUCGCUCACACUUCGACUAUCAGUAUGGGUACCGGAAAUUUGAGGGCUCGGAUGGCUCCCGCACUCAAAAGUAUGCUAGCAACAUCACAUAUUACUUUGACAACAUCAGCAGCACUGAGCUGUACAGUGUGGACCAGGAACUGCUCAAGGACUACAUCAAGCGUCAAAUAGAGUAUUACUUCAGCGUGGACAACCUGGAGCGAGACUUCUUCCUGCGUCGCAAGAUGGACUCGGAUGGCUUCCUUCCCAUCACCUUGAUCGCCAGCUUCCACCGGGUGCAGGCACUGACUACUGACAUCAGCCUCAUCAUCAAGGCUCUGAAGGACAGCAAGGUAGUGGAAAUUGUGGACCAGAAGAUAAGGAGAAAAGAGCAGCCAGAAAAAUGGGCUCUGCCUGGCCCUCCCAUGGCAGACUACACACAGACAGACUUCUCCCAGUUCAUCAACUGCCCUGAGUUUGUGCCCAGGCAGAGUUUCCAGAAGGAGACGGAAUCUGCUCCUGGCUCCCCACGUCCUGCCAGCCCGGUCCCCACCAAAACAGAGGAAGUCAGUAACCUGAAGACAAUGCCCAAGGGCCUGUCCGCAAGCCUACCCGACUUGGAUUCAGAGACGUGGAUUGAAGUGAAGAAGAGGCCUCGGCCCUCCCCAGCCAAGCCCAAGAAACCAGAGGAGUCGAAGACACCGCAGCAGCAGAAGCAAAAGGACCAAGACGAACCUGAGGAGCUGGACUUCCUCUUUGAUGAGGAGAUGGAGCAGAUGGAUGGCCGCAAGAACACAUUCACCGACUGGUCAGAUGAGGAUUCGGAUUACGAGAUUGAUGAUAGAGACGUGAACAAGAUCCUCAUUGUGACACAGACACCUCCCUACCUGCGCCGGCACCCUGGAGGGGACCGGACUGGCAACCACACAUCCAGGGCUAAAAUGAGCUCAGAGUUGGCCAAGGUGAUCAAUGAUGGGCUGUACUACUAUGAGCAGGACCUGUGGACGGAGCAGUUUGAGCCAGAGUACUCUCAGAUCAAGCAAGAAGUCGAGAACUUCAAGAAGGUGAAUAUGAUAAGCAGGGAGCAGUUCGAUACCCUGACCCCAGAGCCCCCUGUGGAUCCAAACCAAGAAGUCCCUCCUGGCCCUCCCAGGUUCCAGCAAGUACCUACAGACGCUUUGGCUAACAAGUUGUUUGGAGUCCCUGAGCCUUCAACAAUUGCCCGGUCUUUGCCUACGACUGUACCAGAAUCACCCAACUACCGCAAUGCCAGGACCCCCCGGACCCCUCGUACACCUCAGCUGAAAGACCCAACACAGACACCCCGGUUUUACCCAGUGGUGAAAGAAGGCAGGACAAUAGAUGCCAAGACUCCACGGAAGAGGAAGACGAGGCACAGUUCAAACCCCCCAAUGGAGUGCCACGUGGGCUGGGUGAUGGACUCUCGGGAACACAGGCCUCGUACUGCCUCUAUCAGCUCCAGCCCCUCAGAGGGAACCCCGGCUGUCGGAAGCUAUGGCUGUACCCCGCAAUCCCUACCCAAGUUUCAGCAUCCUUCACACGAGCUGCUCAAGGAGAACGGCUUCACGCAACACGUCUACCACAAGUACCGUCGGCGCUGCCUUAACGAGCGGAAACGACUGGGCAUUGGACAGUCCCAGGAGAUGAACACACUUUUCCGGUUCUGGUCCUUCUUCCUCCGAGAUCACUUCAACAAGAAAAUGUACGAGGAGUUCAAGCAACUGGCUGUGGAGGACGGGAAGGAGGGAUACAGGUACGGUCUGGAGUGCCUUUUCAGAUACUACAGCUAUGGCCUGGAGAAGAAAUUCCGGCCAGACAUAUUUAAAGAUUUUCAAGAAGAGACCAUCAAGGAUUAUGAAGCUGGACAGCUUUACGGGCUGGAAAAGUUCUGGGCCUUCUUAAAGUAUUCCAAAGCCAAAAACCUGGACAUCAACAGCAAAUUGCAAGAAUACCUCAGCAAGUUCAAGCGCCUCGAGGACUUCCGAGUGGACCCACCCAUGGGAGAGGAAGGUGGACACAAGAGACACCCAACCACGUCAGGGGGAGAUGGCAGGAAGCGCUACCCAUCCCAGUCUUCCAGCAAGACGGUCAGCCAGUGCCCAUCCAGCCAAGCCCACACCUCACCCAGCCAGCCUGUACAUGAGGAUGCCAAAAACCUGAGCCAGCAAGUCCCUGUCCUGGCAGCCGCAGAAUCGCAGACAGCGGGGAAGUAGAUUAGCU